GUUACACUCCUAAUAUGGUGUUUCUACGAUGGAACGCUUUAUUAUCAUAUUUUUUUUAUGCUAAUGUCAUUCUAAUACCCAGCUGUAUGCAGUAGUAGUAGUAAGGCAUGCGCAGUGUGUAAAAAGACAACGGCGAAGAUUCAAAGUUUUUGUUCGGGUUCCCAUUGAUCAUCAUGUUUGGUUUUCACAAGUCUAAGAUAUAUCGCAGCCAUGAAGGAUGUUGCAUUUGCAAGACCAAGUCCUCCAGUUCACGCUUUACUGACAGCAGCAGAUAUGAAGAAACCUUCAGGCUAUGUUUUGGGUUGUCAGAGGAUCGUGUGGGAGACAUCUGCAAUGCCUGUGUGCUGUUAGUAAAAAGAUGGAAAAAACUGCCAAAAGGCUCUAAGAAGAACUGGAACCAUGUUGUGGAUGCAAGAGCUGGGCCUGGCUUCAAGCUAACCAAACCCAAGAAGAUGAAGAACAGUGAUGGGAAGAAGAAAAGCAAACUGAAGAGGCUUCACAAAUUCAAAAGACAAAACUCUGAUGCCCACAGCACGACCUCCAGCAUGUCUCCAUCCCAGUCCCCCAGCUACGAGUCAGAUGACGGCUCAGACAUUGAGUCCAAACAGAGGCGCCCCGCUCCUUCUGUCUUUUCCUUCCUGGACCGUUCUUACUGGAAAAGGCAAAAGGUGUGCUGUGGGAUUGUGUACAAAGGGCGUUUUGGUGAGGUGAUGAUUGACCCGCGUCUCUUCAAGCCCUGCUGCAGCUCCAAGAAGCAGGAGACGUUGAUUCCCAUGCAGGACACGCACCUUCCCCUUCCCGCCAUUCACCCCCCGCCUCUCCCGCUACCAGAGGCCCUGAAAGAGGACUGGUGAUGGCUCUUGAGCACCCUCUUGGGGUGACCAUGACACCCUACAAGUUGUCUCCAGUGGCAGACUACCCCCCCCCCAAAAAAACCAUUCCCUAUUAGUUCACUGUGCAUUUAGAUGGCUAAAUGAUUUUCCUAUUUUUGCUUUGAUAUGUGUAUUUGUAAUUUUUUUAACAUAUAAUUCAUUUUCUUGUCUUUCUUUUUUUUAAAGAAAACUAAAAAGAACCCCAAAAAAUGUUUUUAUAAAUGCAUUAGUUGUACUAUUUAUAGGAUGAGGCAGAAUUCUAUUUGGCCUUGAAGGGCACACUAUUCAGGUCUGAUUAAUUUGGUUUGCAACAUUUAAAGUGUAUUUUCUGUGUUACGGUUACCAGCAUUUGUAUAUAUUAUGUUAUUUUUGCCAGCAUCCAGACUUGUGUUUUAUUUUUACAGCUGUCUAAUUGGCAAUGAAGUAUUGUGCUGAUAUGCAAGACUCCACCAGCUAGAUUUCUAAAACCAGCUUAUUUGCAUUGAUGGAAUGGACUUGUACUUGUUUUCCCCUGACACUCAAGCAGAUUUAAUUUGAUUUAUAGCAUCUUAAUAUAUAAAGGGUUAUGGGCUAAGAGUAUUCAGGGGUCUUCAGUGAAUUUAUACAUUAUGAAUGGCCUUUUAAAUGUAUACAUGCAUGUGUUAUCACACUUUCCCACACAUGCAUGGUUUGGCAAGCACUGAGUAGUAUUGUAUGUUGUCAGAUGUGUUAACACUCCGUACCAUGAGCGUAUCUAUUGCUUUUCCAGCAAUUUCAUGCAAGUGAAUCACGAUAGAUUGAGUUCGACCAAGCAUGCCGAACUCAUCUUUGUCUUGGAAUGAAAACCAGCAAUUAUUUAUUUGUAGUCUUCCAUGAGCUGAAAAUGCACAUUUUUAUAACCAUAUGUUGAAGUGUUCUUGUAUAUACACUUGCGAGUGUUUUGGCUAUGAGAACUAUUUGAAAUUACAAUGCAUCUUUUUAAACCACUAAAUGUGUACAGAUGUGGAAAUAUUUAGAUUGAGGCAUUAUUUUAUGGCAUCACUUGUAACUUAUUCAUUGGCCAAUAAGUGGCUAGCCUAAUCCCCAAGUUUGUCACAACACUUCAGGGGGUUGUGUUUGGUAAGGUACAAUGCAUGAAAGCUUUAGCAACCAAUUAUGAAAAUUAGCAGUGUGGUGUUGGACAACUUCCGGCAGUAACACAGUUUGUGCCUGCUGAAUACCACCCAUAUCUUUGUCCUAUGAGUUGAAGGCUAAAGCAAUACUUACACUAUUAAUGUUCUGUGUUUGUUGGCAUCUUGUAAUUCUGUUAUUGAAUGUGUAUUUUAUAUUUUACAGAAGAAAAUCAAAGCUGAGACUAUGCAGACAUUUUGAAUGUGAGAAAUUACCAAAAUGUUAAAGGAGCAACAUUUGUAAGUCCAUCUCUGCCUCGUAGCAAAAUUGUUUUUUCUGCGUUUCAUUGUUUUAAAUCGAUAUUUCAUAAUUAUAAUGCGGCUUUGCCUCAAGCGA